AUGCAUACGUUGAUUAUGGUUAAUAUUCAAGAGUUAAGUCCUUCUGUUGUUGUUUGUUAUUAUGAUCUUUCAAAAUCAUAUCAGAAUUUUGUUUUUUAUUAUUUGGCAAUCAUCAAUAUUCUUUUUUCUUCUAUAAUGAUUAUUCUAUGUUCAUUAUCUUUUAAAAAUGUUCGUCAUAUACGAAUUGUUCCACGUCAACAACGAAAUCAAGUUCGAUCAAUGACAAAAAAAGAUUUUCAACUUCUUCGCUGUUUAUUUGCUCUUGUUAUUGUCACUAUCAUCUUUCGUAUUGGAAUUAAUAUAUUCUACGCAUAUUCAGCUAUUACUAGAGAACAAAUACGAACACAAUUACAUCAAGACAUCGAUACGUUCUUAAAUAACUUUCUUUCUUUAUUUUUUAAUCUUUCUUAUUCUGUAAGUUUUAUCGUUUUUGUUGUUAUUUCCAAGGCUUUUCGAUGUGAAUUGAAACAAAUGGUAUACAAGAUGUUUGGAAGAGAUCAAAUACCAAUGCGAGAAGAAGAAAAUGGAACAGUAAAUACUAUUGUUGUUAGUAAUGUCAUAGUACCGACUUAA